AUGCAAUUAUCAACAACCGUGCUAUCAGCUUUAGCGUUAUCAAUAACCGCAGUGGAUGCCUUACCAAUUGGUUCAAAAUCAGAAUCAAUUAGACCAUAUUCACAAGAAGCCCUUGAUCAAUUCAGUGUAUUAAGAUUUUUAGGUACAGCUUCACCAUAUGUUCAAAACACUGGAUAUGGUAUUGAAAGAGAUGCUCCUUAUCAAUGUAAAGUCACUCAGGCAAAUUUGAUUUCAAGACAUGGUGAAAGAUAUCCAACUUCUAAUCAAGGAAAGAAGAUGGCUAAACAUUUUGAACAAAUUCAAAAUGGUACUGAAACAAUUGAAGGUCCAUUAAGUUUUUUAAAAGAUUAUGAAUUCAAGGCACUUGAUGAAGAAGGUUUAGAUCAAGAAACUGGUAAAGGUCCUUAUUCUGGGUUAUUAGACUUGUACAAGCAUGGUGCUCUUUUCAGAGAUCGUUAUGAUGAUUUAUACAAUGAAGGUGAUGAAAUUAAAUUUUAUUCUGCUAGUCAAAAAAGAGUUGUUGAAUCUGCAAAAAAAUUUGCUCAAGGGUUCUUAGGUGAAUCUUAUAAUGAAAGUUAUAUCCAAGAAAUUGAUGAAGAUACCAAUGAUUUAGGUGCAAACUCCUUAACACCAGUUAAUGCAUGUAAUAACUAUGAUAAACAUAUCAAUCAAGAUAAAAUUGAUGAAUUAUCAACAAGUUUCUUAAACAAGACUGCUGAUAGAUUAAAUAACCAAUCUCCAGGUAUCAACUUAAUACCAGAACAAGUUGGUUCAUUGAUUUAUUAUUGUGGAUUUGAAUUGAAUGUUGAAGGUUCAAAUCAAAUUUGUGAAAUUUUCACAACUGAUGAAUUAUUAGCAUAUUCAUAUACUAAAGAUGUUUCAUAUUAUUAUGAAAAAGGUCCAGGUAAUAAUCUUUCAGCAACAAUUGGUUCAGUUUAUAUUGAUGCCAUUACAAGAUUAAUCAAAGAUGAUUCUAAAAAUUUGACAUUAUCAUUUGCUCAUGAUACAGAUAUUUUCUAUAUUGUUUCAUUAUUAGGCUUAUUUGAUGGUGAAUUACCAACCGAUCAUCAAAGUUUCAACCAUUUAUGGAAAAUUUCCAAUAUUGCACCAAUGGGGGCUCGUUUAGUCAUUGAAAGAUUAGAAUGUGAAGAUCAAGAAGAACCUUUUGUUAGAAUCAUUCAUAAUGAUGCUGUUUUACCAAUCCCAGGUCAUUCUGAAGGUCCUGGGUAUAGUAUUUCAAUUAGUGAUUUUGAAAAAUACAUUGAAGAUAAAUUAGAUGGUAAGACUUAUGAAAAAGAUUGUGGUACUAAAGAUGGUGUUCCAACUGAAUUGACCUUCUUUUGGGAUUAA